UACUAGACUGAUUAAUUUACAUAAAAGGAAUCAAUAUUACGUUGUGGGCUUAAUGGAACCUUUUAAAGAUAGACAAAGUUUAGAAGAAUACUGAAGAAGAUUACGUAUGCAACACGUAGUUGUCAAUUCUAAUGGAAAAAUAUGGGCGUUCAUUGAUGAUAUAAUGGAGUAUGAAACUGUAAGGGACGAGGAACAAUGCUAACUCUAAAGCUUCACAAUCAGAGUGCUGGAAUGGAAGUAAUAAUUUCUCUGGUAUAUGCCAAAUGCACACAGAGAGAACGAUUACUACUAUGGGAGUCUAUGUUUGAACUAGCAAAUACUAUAAAUGUACCAUGGGUAAUUGGAGGAGACUUUAAUGUGAUCUAUAAUGAGGAGGAGAAAUUGGGAGGACGUCCAGUUAUAGAGUUAGAAAUAAGGGAUUUUAAUCACUGUAUAAAUGUAUGUAAUCUAGAGGACAGGGGCUUUAAAGGGCAAAUACACUUGGUGGAACGGUAGAAUGGAGGAGGAUUGUGUAAUCAAAAGAUGGACAGAGUUCUUGGAAAGAAAAAUUGCAAGAUAUAUUUCCGGAGAUAGAAGUUAAACACAUGGCUAGACGUUGAGGACACGCACUGAAUUUACUUCCCAAUUGUUUGCAGUUUCUUUUCAUUUUCUUUGUUUAUGUAUCCUUGACAGGAUUUGCUGGAGAUGAUGCACCUUCCUAGCAUUGUUGGUCAUCCGCGUCAUGCUGGAGUGAUGGUAGGAAUGGGACAGAAGGAUGCAUAAUACGUUGGUGAUGAGGCUCAGUAGUAUUUUGACACUGAAGUAUCCAAUCGAACCUGGCAUAGUGAAUAUCUGAGAUGGCAUGGAGAUUUGGAUCAUAUGUUGUAUAACCUUAAGGCUAAUCGCGAGAAAUUGACUCAGAUAAUGUUUGAAACAUUCAAUGCCCCAGCAAUGUAUGCUAUUCAAGUUGUUCUGUCUUUGUAUGCUAGUGGACGUACUACUGGUAUUGUGUUGGAUUCUGGAGAUGGUGUGAGCCAUACAGUUCCUAUCUCUGAAGGUUAUGCACUACCUCAUGUAGACCUUGCUGGCCGUGACCUUACUGAGUACAUGGUGAAGAUUCUUACUGAACGCGGAUACUCCUUCACUACUAGUGCAGAGAAGGAAAUUGUAAGGGAUAUGAAGGAGAAAUUGGCAUAACUUGCUCUUGAUUUCGAGCAGGAACUUGAGACAACCAAGACAGGCUCCGCGGUUGAGAAGAACUAUGAACUGCCUGAUGAACAAGUGAUUACUAUUGGUGCUGAGCGUUUUCGAUGUCCUAAAGUACUUUAUCAACCUUCUUUGAUCAGAAUGGAAGUUGCUGGAAUUCAUGAGACGACGUAUAAUUCUAUAAUGAAGCGUGAUGUUGAUAUCAGAAAGGAUUUGUAUGGGAACAUUGUGCUUAGCGGUGGAUCGACUAUGUUUCCUGGCAUUGCUGAUAGAAUGAGCAAAGAGAUUUAAGCCUUAGUGGUUGCUCCCCCUGAAAGGAAGUAUAGUGUUUGGAUUGGAGGUUCCAUUUUGGCAUCCCUUAGUACCUUUCAACAGAUGUGGAUUGCUAAGGCAGAGUAUGAUGAGUCUUGCCCCUCCAAUGUGCAUAGAAAGUGUUUCUAA